AUGGGGCGCGCGAACUUUGGCGGGCCCGCCGCCGCGCCCUCCGCCCCGCACGCCGCCCCGGACGCGUUCGCGCCCGCCGCGGCCGCUGGCCCCCUCAUCGGCCCCGCGCCGCCGCCGGCUGGCGGCGUCAAGCGGCAGCGGCUGGAGGACGGGGCCGGCGCGGGCGCGGGCUUUGUGGGCGGCGCAGCCCACGUGGCGCGGGGGCCCGUGGUGCCGCCGGAGCAGGAAGCGAUGCCGAGUGAAGCUUCGAUGGACCUCCAACAGUUGCGGCAGCGCUUUGAGGCGUUCAAGCAGGACUGCAACGCGUUCGCCGCCGAGACCGGCCAGAGCGUCGCCGUCUUCACCACCGGCGGCGUGCUGUCCGACGCGCCCGACUCGGCGCCCGACGACUUUGCCGCAGACGCCCUGCUGAAGUCCGCCGGCUCCGCCGCGCACCCACGCCUCAAGCUGGCGGUUCUGAAGUAUGGCAGCGGCGGCGUCGGGCGCCAGCUGGUGGCGCGGCCGGAGAUCGUCAAGUUUGUGUCGGCGCGGGGGUUCAAGGCGCUGGCGGAGAUUGCGGACAGGGCGGCGCACGGGUGA